AUGGUCUACUACUAUGCUUAUCUUGCCGAGUUCUAUACUGAGCCCGACCCUGCGGCUCGCAAAAUUGGUGUUGGUUGUGUGGGCACUCGCGAGGAUGGGCGGUGCACCUUCAACGAGUUCACUGAGUAUAUCUGGAAGCCAUAUCCCGAAAAGGCGGACAUUCAUCGCCCCAACGUGAAGAUAUUCACUGCUCUGGAGGAUUUCCCAGCGAUAUCUAUAGCAAACGCCUUCAAUCGUAUCUACAAAUGGACAGGCCCUAAUGGGAUAGCCAUUACUUACAACACGGAUAAUGAGCGCAUCUGGGCGGGCUCGACUGACUUCUACGAUGCUCUCGCUAGGGUAACGGAGCCGAUUGGGACGCUCUCAAAGAUGCCAAUUGCGAGCAAUGACCCAAAGGCAAAAGAGAUCAGUCGCAUCGUUAGCAAGGGAAAGACGUGUGCUGACACUCUUUAUGACCUGCGCUUUAAGGACCUGGAAGGUUUUCGCCUCAGAGCAGUGGCCAUACGACUGGGCGUGGCGGGCAGCUUGAUCAAAACGAACCCAGGAAGAGACACUCUGGGUCUUGUUGGCCCUUGGAAAAGUUGGGAUCCGGGGGCUACAAUACAGGCAUUGGAAGAUGACGAGAAGCAGCAGCAUAAAGGCCACGACUACGCCAAACAAAACUUCAAGGACAAGCUGAAUAGAGCUAUCACGGCGUGGGCGAACGGCGGACAAUCUGCGAUCAACCACGUCAGGGCACUAGAUGCUGCCAAGUCUGCUAUGCAAUUAAGCUGCUGA